GUUCCUCUAAAACUGAAGGUACUAGUACUGAAUCUUCUAAAGUCAAAGCUUCCACUCCUCCUAAACCAGAUUCAUUCAAAACUGAUCUUUCUAAAACCGAUGAUUCUCCUAAAACUGACAAGAUUGAUGAUUUUUCUAAAACUAAAGACCAAGCUAAUAAGGCUGAUGAUUCUUCCAAGACUGGCACAACUGACGAUUCUUCAGAAACUAGUAAAAAUAAUGAUUCUUCUUCCGUGAUUAAUAAUUCUUCAGAAACUGAUAAUUCUUCCAAAACUAUCAAGACUAACGAUUCUUCUGAGUAUAACAAGGCUAAUGAUUCUUCUAAAACUGACAAAAUGGUUUCUUCCAUAAUUGAUAAGUUCAAUGAUUUAUCCAAAACUGACGAUUCUUCCAAAGCUGGCAAGAUUGAUUAUACUUCCAAAGCUAACCAAACUGAUGAUUCUUCUAAUACAAACAAAGCUGAUGCUUCAUCCUUUAAAGCUCAUGAGAUUGGUGAUUCUUCACAAGCUAAUAAUUCUUCUGAUACAAAUAAAGCUGACGGUUCCUUCUCUAAAACUCAUGAGACUGAUGAUUUUUCUAAAACUCCUGAAACUGAUAAUUCGCCCCAAAUUAAUGAUUCUUCUAAUACAAAUAAAGCUGACAAUUCUUCCUCUAAAACUCAUGAGACUGAUGAUUCAUCCCAAGUUAAUGGUUCUUCUAAUACAAAUGAAGCUGACAAUUCUUCCUCUAAAACUCAUGAGACUGAUGAUUCAUCCCAAGUUAAUGGUUCUUCUAAUACAAAUGAAGCUGACAAUUCUUCCUCAAAAACUCAUGAGACUGAUGGUUCUUCCAAAACUGACAAAAGCGAUAACUCUUCUAAUACAAAUAAAGCUGAUAAUUCUUCCCCUAAAACUCAUGAGGCUGAUGAUCCUUCCUCUAAAACUCAUGAGGCUGAUGAUUCUUCUUCUAAAACUCAUGAGGCUGAUGAUUCUUCUAAUCCAAAUAAAGCUGACGGCUCCUCCUCUAAAAUUCAUGAGGUUGGUGAUUUCACCAAAACCGACAAAGCUGUUGAUUCUUCCUCUAAAACUCACGAUACUGGUGAUUCUUUCAAAGUCAACAAAACUGAUGAUUCUUCUCAUAUAAAUAAAGCUGGUGAUUCUGCUUCUAAAAUUCAUGAGACUAGUGAUUCUGCAAAAAUUGAUAAGACCGAUGAUUCUUCUGAUAUAAAUAAAGCCGACAAUUCUUCAUCUAGAACUCAUGAAACUGGUGUUUCUUCCAAAUCUGCCCAAACUGAUGAUUCUUCAAAUGCAAAUAAAGCUGAUAAGCCUGAUAACACACCUAAAACUAAUGAUACUGACAGUUUCAAGGCUGACAAAAUUGAAGAUGAUUCUUCCAAGGCCGACACAGCCGAUAAAAUUGGAGAUACUUCAGAAACUAAUAAAUCCGAAAUUGAUUCAGAGAGUUUUGUCAUUGUAUAG